AUGGCCGCCCUUGAAUAACCUCUUGCAGCUGCCAAAGGCUGCAACUCAAAGAUAGAUAUAGAUGUUUACAACUCAGAGCAGAGCUACUGUAUAUCGAGGACACAGACAAUUAAUUAAACGAGGAUUAAAAAAGAGGCAGUCAUGAGCUCAAAAUCUCCAUACUACAGUUCGCUGGAGCAGGAGCAAAGCACAGCCAUGGACUUCCACCAUUCCACAAGUAUACAGAGCUCAAGCGAUAGCUCAUACGAUGGUAUAAAUGCAGAAGCUAGUCUGGCGUUUUGUGACAUCCUCUACACCAUCCCGACUGGGUGGCCGUGGGCAAAGAGCAACAAAGUCAUUCUCAAUUCAGUCAGUGGUGUAAUGAGCCCGGGGCUGAAUGCCAUCCUCGGACCAACUGGCAGUGGAAAAACAACGUUGUUGGACAUUCUGGCCGAUCGUAAGUCCAGCUCUCGAGUGAGCGGAAGUGUUCUAGUGAACGGACGACUGAGGGAGGACAACUUCAGGUUCAAGACUGGAUAUGUUGUUCAGGAUGACAUAGUGACGGGAAGUUUAACAGUGAAAGAGAACUUUAUGUUCUCAGCUGCUCUGCGUCUGCCCUCCUCCACCAGCUGGGCACAACGCGAGGAGAGGGUCGCCACUGUCAUACAAGAACUGGGUCUGGAAAGAUGUGCCAAUCAAAAGAUUGGCACAGAAUUCUUCCGUGGUGUGUCUGGGGGAGAGAGGAAGAGGACUAACAUUGGGAUGGAGCUCAUCAUAGAGCCUCAGGUCUUGUUUCUGGACGAGCCCACCACUGGACUGGACGCAUACACAGCUGUCUCUGUUGUACAGCUACUCAAACGGUUGGGCUCUACUGGUAACCGCGUCGUGGUCAUGUCCAUCCACCAACCUCGCUACUCCAUCUUCAAACUGUUUGACACUCUAACGAUGCUGUCUCUAGGCAACACAGUUUUCCAUGGCCCCGCCCACCAGGCACUACCUUACUUCAACAGACUGGGUUAUGAGUGUGAGGAACACGACAACCCUGCCGACUACUUCCUGGAUAUUAUCAACCGUUGCGAGCUCACUCUAAAAGACGAGAAGACAGAGAGCACCCCCCUCCUGGGUGCCCCCCACAGUGCCCCCACGGAUCUGGCCAGUGAAUACCUGGGCUCACCAGAGUGUCAGAGUGUGCGUAGCUCCCUCGGACCAAUCGUGGAGGGGAUGGUGGGAACUAAAAGGGCCAAUGGAGGACCUCUUGGCUCAUUGCUCUCCAUCGACAAUUAUGCUACAAACUUCUUCUGGCAGUGUGUAGUGGUGGGGUUCAGGGCGGCUGUGAAGAUCUGGAGGAACCCUUUAACAAUUGUUAUGCAGACUCUUGUGAUGGUGAUAUUUGCUCUGAUUGUGGGAGGGAUCUACUUCCAACUUGCCAGUACCCCCAGUGGAAUGAUGGACAGGCUGGGGGUUAUUUUCUUCAUUGUAAUGAGUCAAGUGUUUGGAAACCUUGGAGCCAUUGAACUCUUCAUCAAAGAGAGGGCAGCCUUUCUCCACGAAAGCUCCAGUGGCUACUAUCGUGUGUCCGUGUACUUCUUGUCCAAGUCAGUGACAGACCUGAUGAUCAUGAGGAUGAUACCUCUCACCGUCUUCUCAGCCAUCACGUACUUCAUGAUAGGGUUCCAAUACGAUGCUGCCAAGUUUGGUGUGUUCUACCUGACGCUAGCCCUCACCUCGAUGGCAGGGGCUGCCCUAGCCUUCACCUGCAGUGCCAUGGUCAGUGUGUUUGCAGUCGCCAACCUCCUAGUCUCUCUCAUCUUCAUCCUCUACAUGUUGUUUGGGGGGUUUCUGAUUGGCCUUUCUUCUAUCCCUGACUGGAUCUCGUGGAUGAAGUACCUCAGCAUCUUCAGAUACUCCAUUGAGGCCAUCUCUGUGAACGAGCUGCAAGACCAGUGGUAUUCUGAGAAGCUGGGACCCAAUGGUACUUGCCCAUAUGAAGUGAAAAAUGCGACAUGUUAUGCUGAUGGUAAUCUAGUCCUCAAGUAUCGUGGCUACUCCCUCGAUUGGCUCUGGUAUGAUCAGAUAGCACUAGCGGGGACCACCCUCGGUUGGCUAAUUCUAGCGUACAUUGUGCUCAGGAUUGUCAAGAUUUAUUACAGACACUUUAAGUAACUGUUUUUUAUUUCAUCAAGUGACACAUGUUUAGAAUGCCUGAUACUGUCAGCAGGAGUACUCUAUUAUUUUAAGUUGAACCCUAUACUAUAUAAUAAUUGUUUGCAUGUUUCA